CCAGUCCCCGCUGGAGACCCGUUGAACCGGCGCCAGCCUAGCAACGGCCCGGGAGCGCGAAGGGCGGGGGUAACCGCUCGUCUCCCGCCUGGGCCGCCUGCCCCCUCGGCUGGGAGGGAGGCGCUUCCGAGCCGGAAGCCGGCGCUGCGAGGCGGCCCCCGGGCCUGGGAGACCGGCGCGGAUGGAGCGGCUGCGGGUGCAGGCGGGGGGCACGGCGGCGGUGGACGAGUACGUUGAGUACCGGAGAAUUGUAGGUGAUGACGACGGAGGGAAACUCUUUACCCCAGAGCAAUAUGAAGAAUACAAAAGAAAAAUUUUACCAAUACGAUUACAGAACAGAUUGUAUGUGAGCUGGAGAUCACCAACUGGGAUGGACUGUAAACUUGUGGGCCCGGAGACACAGUGUUUUUGUACCCAUAGGUAUAAACAACACAAAACAGAUUAUGAAGAGAUUCCAAAAGAUCGCCCUAUUUGUGUACCCUGUCGAGUGAGCCGUUGCCAGUGCAAAUCCUAUCACUAUGUCCCUCUAAAUGGCACUCAGCCCAUUCGUUGUAGAUGCAAGCACUUUGCUGAUCAGCACAGUGCAGCACCUGGAUUUUCCUGUAACUCCUGUUCCAAAUGUUCAGGAUUUCACAGCUGCUUUACCUGUGGGUGUGGUCAGCCAACAUAUGCGCAUGAAACGGUUGUGGAAACCAAACAAGAGCGCUUAGCCCAGGGAAAACCUGUGGGGCAGGAUGUUCCCUAUGCUGCAAUGGGAGGAUUAACUGGCUUUAGUUCACUGGCCGAAGGCUAUAUGAGACUUGAUGACAGUGGAGUAGGGGCACCCUCUGCUGAAUUUCUAGAGUUACCUAGUAGUGGCAUGGAUCAUCCAUUUCUAAAAGCAUUCCAAGGCCCCUCCAGUUCUGUACAAGCCAGCUCACAAUUAACAGGUGGUUCUAGUGCAGCAAAGCACAUUUCUAAUUUAAGGAGUUCUGAAGAAGAUGACAUGGCUUACUUUGAAAAACAGUACCAGGAACGGCUGAAAAAGGAGAAGGCUGCUAAACAGAAAGUUAAAGGUCCGCUGCUAUCAAAGAAUCCAUGAAGAUUAAUGAAACAAAGGAGUUUUUGUAAUAUAGAAUUAUCAUUAUAUUUAAGGGUAUUUUCAUGGUGUUUAUUGCACACACAUAUUUUCUAGUUUCUCAGUAUUAACACUGCUAUAUUAAAGUAUUGAUGAAAUUCAUUUAAAAUACUUGGUGAUUCUGGUUCUUUCAAAUAAAAUUGUUACUUUUUAUCAAA